AUGCUGACCUGGGCGACUUAUGAGACCCUGCGGCGGCCCGACCUCCGCGCGCGGGUGGUGGACGAGGCCCGGGCACUCUUCGACGUGGAGGGGUGCGCGCGCUGCGUGCGGACGCCGGAGGGGAUCUGCGGGGUCCCCUCGCGCGAGCGAAUCGAGCGGCUGGUCCACACCCCGGCCAUCCUGCGUGAGGCCCUCCGCAUGCACAGCGUCGUGCCGGUGGUGAUGCGGCGGGCCGUCCACGACGACGUCUUCGCCGCGGAUGAAGCCGGGCUCCCUAGAGAUGUGCAUCUUCCCGCCGGAUGCGUCGUCGCCAUCGGGAUCGAGGGCGUGCAUAAAAACCCAACAAUCUGGCCCGACCCCGACCACUUCAACCCCGACCGCUUCCUCAACGUCGACCCACCCCAGGCGAUCGACCCGUAUGGGUUUAUUCCAUUUAUUAACGGGCCGCGGAAUUGCCUUGGGCAGCACUUCGCCCUCGUUGAGGCCCAGGUCGCUCUCGCAUUUAUGCAUUACCGGUGGGAUUUAGCCCUCUUCCGCGACCCCGCCACCGACGGGGAUGACGAGACCUGGCAGAAGGAGAUCGGGCGCCAUCACGACUACAUCAUUCCACAGGUCCCUCAUGACGGGUUAAAGGUUACAGGGACACUCAGAAGCCAACUAGGUUGA